AGUUUGGACACCUGGGUUUCCUCCCUGUCCCGGGGCAUUCAGGGUCAGGCAGGAGUGCUGUAACCUCCAACUGACAGCACAACUACAACCAAUACCCUUGAAUCCCUGUCCUGGGAUAUUUUGGGGUACUGUAGCCUCCGAUUGACAGUGUGGCUACAAUCAAUAUCCCUGAAUCCCUGGUGAGGGGCAGUAUUGUAGCCUCCGAUUGACAGCAUGGUUGUGAUGCAUGCCUCCCCGCCCCCAUUGACACCUGGUUGUACGUGUCAUGGGCACUCAUGCUGUACACGUCAUACGCGCCCCUCUGGUGCUGUCUGGUUGUACCUGUGACAUGACAAAAUGGGUGUACACAAUAGGUACGGCGUGAUAGAGAUGAGGGGAGGUGAACCUAUCUACACACCCAUACAACACACAACACAGCAUGCCACAUGGCUACACACAAUCCUCCCUUUCACAAGCAUGUGAUCACAGACCUGUACAAUACACAGCCGACACGCACAGCCCUACUGACACCCCUGCCUCUGUAUGCCAGACUGUGCUCAUCACAUAUACCCUCCUGUUUCAUUGAGCUGUACGCAUCACAACCCCAGUGAUGUCACACUGUGCGCACUGCAUUCAUCCCCCAUUUCCAUCACGCUGUACCUGUCACAUACACCCUUUUAGUCAGGCUGUACCUGUCACAGGCAUCACCAGUGAUGCCAGACUGUAGGUGUCCAAUACCCCCCCACCUGUUACAUCACACUGUAUGCAUCACGCCCCCCAGUUAUAGCUCACUGUGUCUUCUAAGACCUUCUGGUUACAUCACGCUGUACACAUCGCACCUCCAUCACAUACCCCUUCCAGUUACAUUGUACCACAUAUAUUACAUGCUCUCCAGUUACAUGUCACACUCUACGUCACCUUUUUUCAUCACACGCUACAUCACCUACUCCACUCCUGUGACAUCAUUAUACAAGCCCUUAUUCAUGUCAGGCAGUUGCACACCCUGAGUUAUGUUACAAUGUCCUGUUACAUACCCCUGCCCCCAGUUACAGCACAUUGCGUGCACGCAUCAUAUUUCCAGUUACAUCAAAGUGUAUGUCAGUAUACACAUCACAUACACUCCCCUGUAUGAGCCGUGUGUGUCUGACUGUAUGCAUUACAUACCUCCCAGUGAUGUCACACUGUGCCAAUUGCGUACCCUGCUCCUGUACCUGUCACACACACCACUGUUUUAUAUCAGUGUUAACAUGACCUGACAUGCACUUCCCCACCCUCAUGAUAUCCAAUUGUACCUCUCCCAUACAAACUCACAUACAUACACCUGGAAGCCACACACCUAGAUUUAUGACUAUCUGGAUGUAUUACACACACUUCCAUUGGGGAGCCCCCAUCAGACAGCCCCCGCCUCCCCCAUCUCCUAUACUUCAGUGAUGUCAGCCUGUGUCACAUCAUGUGGUAUCUGUUGCAAGUACCCCCUUCCUACAUCACCUGACAUGUACACCCCUAGUUAUAACAGAGUAUACCUGCUCUUACAAGUCACGUACCUCAUUGGUGCAACCCCAUUAUGUCAGACUUUAACUGAUGUCAGACAGCCUCACUAAUACAACCUUAUUGCAAAGAACCCAGGUGUCCUGGCCCUGCUGUCCUAUACCAGAGCCACGGUACAAACAGUCUCAUUGUACCUCAUUGUGAUACACCUUCAUAGAAUCAUAGAAGUAGGGUCAGAAGGAACCUUGUAGAUCUUCAAGUCCAACCCCCUGGCUGGGCAGGAGAGAAACUGGGCUCAAGUGACCCCAGCCAGGUAGGCAUCGAGCCACUUCUUAAAGACCCCCAGAGUAGGAGCCAGCACCACUUCCCUUGGAAGUCGGUUCCAGAUCCUAGCCGCCCUGACAGUGAAGUAGUUCCUACGGAUGUCUAAUCUAAACCUACUCUCCAACAACUUGUGGCCGUUAUUUCUUGUUAUCCCUGGGGGCGCUAGGGGAAACAAGGUCUCCCCCAAACCUUUCUGAUCCCCCCUAGUGAGUUUAUAGACGGUCACAAGGUCCCCCCUCAGCCUUCUCUUGUGAAGGCUGAACAGGUUCAGGUCCCGUAGCCUCUCAUCGUAGGGUCUGCCCUGCUGUCCCCAGAUCAUGCGGGUGGUCCUCCUCUGGACCCUCUCAAUGUUGUCCACAUCCCUCUUGAAGUGGGGUGCCCAGAACUAGACACAGUGCUCCAGCUGUGGUCUGACCAGUGUCGCGUAGAGGGGGAGGAUCACCUCCUUGGCGCUACUUGAGAUGCACCUGUGGAUGCAUGAUAGGGUCCGGUUAGCCCUGCCGACCAUGACCUCACAUUGUCGGCCCAUGUUCAUCUUGGAGUCACCUUGCCUGAUCUCUGAUUGAUGGGGACUAUACCUUGGGCACACGGAUGUAACAGCGUAGCUGUGAUGCACCUUUCCACUCAUCCCUGCUGGCCUCCAGCUGUACCUGGGACACAGAACACACCAGUGACAUGAGUGGUGUGCUGUGAGCCAUCUUCCCCUGUUUCCUGUAUCUCUGACUGUACCAGCUGUAACACGCUACCCCCCUCCCCACAUGCACAUAUCUGAUACUUUCUAACUGUACCUGGGAUACUGCAGUUACAUUACAGCAUGGGUGGGCAAUUAUUUCAGGCAGAGGCCUGCUUACUGAGUUUUCGCAAGCCAUUGAGGGCCACAUGACAGGCAGCCAGGGGCAGAUAAAUAUUACUUUUCUAAAUUUUUUAGGGGCCCUGAGGGCCGGAUAGAAUGGUCUGGUGGGCCGCAUCUGGCCCAUGGGCCACAUUUUGCCCACCCCUGCAUUACAGUGUAAUUAGGAUACACCUUCCUCUAAGUCAGAGGUUCUCAAACUGUGGUCCACGGACCAUCACUGGUCUGCAAGCUCCAUUCAGGUGGUCUGCAGAAAGGUUGCGGACCAGUCGAGAAUAUCUGUAUUUGGCCCUGCGCUUGAUUUAUUUUUUCUGACGAUGGAGGUUAAGUGAUCUGCCAAGACCUUCAGCAAUUUUCAAGUGGUCCACGAAAAAAAAUGUUUGAGAACCACUGCUCUAAUUAGGUCUUACCACUUCCGCCUAUAGCUGAAAUACAAUGCAUGCCCCAGGUGCAUCAAGGUGUAGCUUCAAUAUACCGCCUCAGAUGACCUCCGUGUAUAUUUGAAACAUAUAUCCCCCAGAUCAAUUGGAGUGUGGCUGGGAUAUACCAUCCACCCCAUCUGGCUACAAUGUGCCCCAGACACAUCUGAAUGUAACUGUGAUACACUGUCAACCCUGUUAGACUGUACUUGGGAAACUUAACACACCCCAGAUACAUCAGUGUAGCUGUGGUACACCAUUCUCCUCCCAUCCCAUCUGACUGUAUGUUGAGCAGACCUCUUCCCCCGACAUGUAAGAGUAUAGCUGUGAUGUCCUAUCCACCCUGUCUGAUUGUAUCUAGAGCACACCGUGUACCCAAGACAGAGCGUGGCUGUGAUAUACUGAUCCCAUCUGACUCUUCUGGACCUCCAGGGGGUCUAGAACAGCUUUAGGAACACAACCCAUGUGCUAGAUGCAUCCGUGUGUGGCUGUGAGACACCACCCAGCCUAUCUAACUACCUGGGACACACCACAUACAGCACACACAUAUAAGAGCCUGGCUGUGAUAUACUGAUCACUUUCGAUUGUUCUAGACCUGCAGGGGGGUCUAAAAAGUUCUGGGAACCCAAUCCAUGUCCCAGAUGCAUCCAUGUAGUUGAGACAUCACCCACUCCAUCUGACUGUACCUGGGGCAUACCAUGUACCCCAGACACAUCAGAGCGUGGCUGUGAUAUACUGAUCGCUUCCGGCUGUUCUAGACCUCCAGGGCAUCUAGAACAGCUCUGGGAGCACAUCUCUUACCCCAGACACAUCUGAGCAUGGCCAUGAUGCACCGUCCACCCUGCCUGACUGUACUUGGGAUACAAGUUGUCUCCUGGAUCCAUCUGCCAGUCCUCCUACAACCCCCUCCCUCCUCCCCUCCGCAACGGGCACAGGCGUCUCCGGUAUCCUGACACAGAUACCCCAGUGACCUCAACCUGUCCCCAUGACCUGCCUGCCCCGAUCUGCCAUGCCGCAAGGAUGACGCUACCCUGUUAUGGGCUGUCAGUCGCAGUGGCCCAGGGCUGAAAUUUAAUUCCUGGCUACGUUGUUAUGUGGGGUUUUUUGUUGGUUUUUUUUUUUUUUUUUUUUUUGCUGCACCUCUUGCCGCUAAUCUAGCUGACAUCACAGCCUCUCCGGAAACACACGGUGGGGGGAGGGGGGGGGAGUGGAAAUCACGCUGACUACAGCGUGAGCUCGGCUGACGCAGUGAAUUUUGCAGGCCAGGGGCCUGAUCCCGCUCCCUACAGUCGGGGGGAGGAGGGCUGGGAGCAGAAGCACCGAAACGGUGACACGUGAUCCUCACCGUAUGGCUCUGCGCGUUGUGUCGGGGUUGCAGCCGCGGCAUCACAACCACGUGGCCCAUGAGGUCUCCUCUUGCAGCUCUGUGGCAUCACCAUGGCUCCCGUCGUGGAGGUCGCGGACGCCGGGCACCCCAGUUCCCUGCUGGUGCAGCUGAACGAGCAGCGCCUGCGUGGACAGUUCUGUGACGUCACCAUCAUUGCUGAGGACACCAAGUUCAAGGCUCACAAGAACGUCUUGGCCGCCUCCAGCCCCUACUUCAAGGAGGUGCUGAGCGAGGAGCCAGCCGGGCGCCAGCCGGGCCAGGUCCUGGAGCUCCCCGACAUCCAGGCCGGCGUCUUCUCUGACGUCCUCAACUUCAUCUACAACUCCCGCCUCUCCGUGCCCAGCCCCGCAGCUGCCAAGGAGAUCGGGGCCGUGGGACGCCGCCUGGGCAUCUCCUGCCUGGAGGACCUGGACCCACCACGGGACAUGAGUGGGGCCGGCUGGAGCCCCGACGGCACUGGUGCCGACUCCGUGUCUUCCACCCGCUCCUGCUCCUCCCCUGUGGACCUGACGUGCCCGUCCCGCUUAGCUGAGCCCCCCGAGGGUGAUGCCGAGACGGCCAAGAUCCUCUACGCCCUCAGCACAGGACCGCCCGAGCCAACUAGAGCCCUGCUGCCGGCCGUCUGGGAGCCCCCGAGUGGGGCGGCUUUGGACCCGCCGCCUGCCCCAGCCUCCCCGGCGCCACACGGGGCCUACCCUUGCGGGCUCUGCAGCCGGUCCUUCACCACCUCAGCCGCCCUGGGGCUCCAUGCCAAGCUGCACCGGGCCCGGCGGUCCCUCUCCUGCCGCCACUGUGGGAAGAGCUUCAUCCAUGUCAAGCGCCUGCAGACGCAUGAAGUCCUCUGCAAGGAAGCGACUGAGGAAGACGAGCGGGAGACUGAGGAAGCUGCUGCCGAGCCAGUGCCUCCAGCGCCACCACCACCACCGCCUUCCUCCCCUAAGCCAGCGUCUUCCAAGAAAAGCCUCCUCUUCCGGUCUCGGGGUCUGGCCCGGUUGGACUACGACCAGGACCACUUUGUGAAGGUGGUGGAUGGGCACCUCAUCUACUUCUGCACCGUGUGUGAGAGGUCCUACAUGACCCUGUCCAGCCUCAAGCGCCACUCCAACGUCCACUCGUGGCGGCGGAAGUACCCCUGCCGCUACUGCGAUAAGGUCUUCGCCCUGGCUGAGUACCGCACCAAGCACGAGGUGUGGCACACCGGCGAGCGUCGCUACCAGUGCAUCUUCUGCUGGGAGACCUUCGUCACCUACUACAAUCUGAAGACCCACCAGAAGGCCUUCCAUGGCAUCAACCCGGGGCUCAUCUCCUCCGAGAAGACCCCCAAUGGCGGCUACAAGCCCAAGCUCAAUGCCCUCAAGCUCUACCGCCUGCUGCCCAUGCGGUCCCAGAAGCGGCCCUACAAGACCUACAGCCAGGGGCUGGUGUCAGAUGCCCUCCUGCUGCCCUCCCGGCCCCUGCCCUUGGGGCUGGCCGAGAACCAGGCUGAUGUGUUCAGUGGCACUGAAGGCACUGAAGCCGAGCGGUUCCUUCUGCCGCCAGCUGCUGAGCAAGCUGGGCCACCGGAAGACACCCCGCUGGUGCCCGAGGACACGCGGCGAGGCCCAGACGUCCCCAGCGUCAUCGCCUAUGGGCACCCAGCACCCUCCGUCAUUGUGCACAGCACGUCGGUGGCUCCGGCUGGCGGUGCCCAGGCCCCGUCCGUCAUCACUUACAACACCAAGCCGCCUGAGCCGGCCUUCCUGCCUGAGCCAGCCUCAGCGCCGGCUGCAGUGAAGCCCAUCAAGAAGCAGGUGCUGAGGGACUACAUCCAGGCCCAGAAGGCAGCCGAGGAAGCUGGGGAAGAGGCCGAAGAGCAGCGCAAGGCGCGGGGCUCUGGCCCCCGGCCUGGCCGGACCAUGACGUACAUGGCCAAGCCAGCCUAUGUGGGGGCAGCCUCAGAGAGCCGUGCUGCACCGCUGUGCCAGAUCACGGUGCGCAUUGGGGAGGAAGCCAUUGUCAAGCGGCGCAUCUCGGAGACCGACCUCCGGUUGGACAAAGCCCCCCGUGCCGCCGCCCGCUUGGAGGCACCAGCCCGUGGCUAUGCCAAUGAGAGUGGCGAUGAGGACAGCGAUCGGGAUGCUGAAGACCAGCUGUGGCGGCCUUACUACAGCUACAAGCCCAAACGCAAAGGGGGCAGCGGGGCUGGCGCUGGUGUCCCCAAGGUGAAGAAGUCAUCGCGGUGGCGCCGCAAGCUGCGCUCGCUGCGGUGGAUGAAGCGGGGGGAGCCCGAGGUGGGUGAGGAAGAGGAGGAGGCAGCAACCGAGGACCCCAAGAUGGCCACCAAGAUGGCCUCUGUGCCUCACAAGGCGGUGCGGGGGGGCGGCAGCGAGUGGAAGCACGCGUGUGGGGCUUGCGGCAAGCGCUUCUCAGCCCUCAAGAAGCUGAGGAAGCACGAGCGGGUCCAUGGACGCCCCCCCGGCAGUGGGGACAAGGACGCCCCCGCACCUGCCCUGGCCCCAGCUCCCCGCGUGGGCCGCAAGCCCUCGGUCAAGUUCACGUGCGGGCACUGCGCCAAGGUGUGCAAGACGGCGGCUGCCCUCAGUCGCCACAUGAAGCGGCAUGAGGGUGAGCCCCGCGACGCCGCGCCACCUACCCCGGCCUCCGUCAUUGCCUACUCCAAAAAGCCCGAGCCGCUGGCGUCAGCACCGCCCCCCCCGGCACCAGCACCGCCAGCCGAUAUCAAGGAGGAGACCACCCAGGAGAUGCAGGUGUCAUCGUCCAGCGGGGAGCCAGCACCUGCAGGCCCCCCAGCCCUGGGCCUGGCCCCCGCACCCACUGCGUCGCCCACCCCAGAGCUGCCGGCAUUGGCUGUGCCGCCUGCCCCAGAGCCACCAGCCAGCACUAGCCGGGCCGCGUCCCUCCAGGACCCCGUCAUCUCCCACACCGGGCCGGCACCCAAGCCGGCAGAGGAGGACGAGGAGGAGGAGGAGGAAGAUCGGUACCCUGCGCAAGAAGCCCCGCUCCCGCUGCUGGCUCGGGGCCGGGAGGACAAGGCUGCCUACGUGGCCUACCCCAGCGCCAUCCAGUUCGGGGCUGGGGGCAAAGCCGGGGGGGGUGACAGAGUCCCUGCGGGCACCGGGGGGGAGGGCAAGGUGAGCUUCUAUCCCGAGCCGUACCCGCUCAUGUACGGGCACCCCUUGCUGGCCGCCUACCCCUACAACUUCACCUUGCCCGUGGCCUUGAACAUGGUCCUGCCUGACGACAAGCGCCCGGCCCUGCCCUUCCUCCCUGGUGUCUUUGGCUAUGCCGCUGUCAACCCCUGCCGUGGCGGGGGCGAGGACGCGGGGGCGCCCGGCACUGGGGGAGCUGGGGCGGGAGGGGGCAGUGCUGCAGCUGGAGCCCCCCGAGGCGUCCGGGGGGAUCCCCCUGCCCCUGAGCGCUUGAAAAAGGGGAAUGUCCUGUGAUCUGGUGGAGGUGGGAGGGUAGAAGGCGGUGGGGGGUCCCCUCCACUGCCCCAGAGCAGAAAGCUGAGGGUGCAGGGGGUGGAUCUGAGAUCUAGGGGGUCCCAGAGUGUAGAGGUGAGAUCUAGGGUCAGGGGGGUGGAUUUGAGAUCUAGGGAUAUCCAGGGGGCCAGAUCUGAUCUAGGGGUCCCAAAGGGGUAUAGGGGUGUAGGUGAGAUCUAGAGGGGAUUCAGGGGGGAAGAUCUGAGAUCAUGGGAGUCCCAGGGGGGGUGGAGGUGAGAUCUAGGGAGUCCAGGGGGACCCCGGGAUCAGGCCAGAGGAUGCCGGAGCUUGGGGCUAAUCUCUAGGGGUACAGGAGGUGGGUGGAGCUUAGAUGGAGGGGACCCCAUGAGCAAAUGAGGAUAGGAUGAGGGAACCCCCCAAGAGCUCCUCCCCCUGGCUGUGAUUGACAGCUCCCACCCCAAGACAGAGACACCCCCUCCCCCCAAGAGGGACCAAGCCGGGGUAAGGAGGAGGGGGCGGGCUGUGCUUGAGCUCCCAGUUUGCACUACAGAUUCCCAGUAUGGCCCAGUUGCUCUUCCCCCCACAGCCUGGGGGAAGGGGCUUGCAAUAGGAUGAAAUGGUGGGGGAGUCAUGUAGGGGCACAGCUUGAAGGGCAUGCCUUCACCCUCAUUGGUCACUCCCCCAGGUUCCCAGCCAGCGGGGGAGGGCAAGAAGCACAGGCAGUGGGGCCUGGACUGAACCCAGGGGCUUCCACUUCCCUGCUGGGACUUUGUGGGGGGUGUUCCCCGGCAUGGGGGGGCAACUCCCCCCACUGCAUCCAACUGCAGUGCAUCCCUCCCUCUGUGCUGCAGUUUUGCCUUGCAGUGCAGCCUCUUGCAGCAGUGCAGCAGUGCAGUGAACUCCCUUGCUGCAGUGAGGCAUUGUCAGGCGCCCGCCUGCUGCAGUGUGCCCCCUCCCUCCCCCGCAAUGUGGCAUCGCAGUGAGGGGGGGGCAUGCUGUAGUGUGGCAUUGCAGUGCCUCCCCCACUGCAGCAAUACAUCCCCCACCCCUGGCCACAGUGACGUCUUCUGCUGUGGUGAGGCAAUUCAGUGUGUAGCCCUCUGCCACUGUGAUGUUGCAGAGCCCUUUGGCUGCAGUGCCCUCCCCCCCCCCACCAUUUGCAGUGGUGCAUUGCAGCAGUGCCCCCCUUAUGCUGCAGUGAGGCACUGCAGCACUCCUUGCAGGAGUGAUGGGGCGCAGUGCCCCAGUGGGGCAUUGCAACACAACCCCCCGCCCCCUUGCAAUGUUGGGUUAUGUUGCACCCUUUCCCACUGUAGUGUUGCACCCCCUCCCCACUGUGCAGUGAUGUGUCACACUGCAACCCCCCCCCCCUCCACUGCUGGGCCCUGGGAUGCAAUGCAGUGUACAGCGAUGCAAUGUAACCCUGUCCCCCACCCAGCUGGGAUGCAGCGCUCCACCCCCAGUGCAGUGUAUCAAGCCCACUGCAGUGCCCCACCACUGCUGCAGUGUAGUGAGGUGCCUGCCCAUUGUUGCAGUGCACUACAAUAUAUUGCACACCCCCCCCCAGCUGCAGUUUGGAGCACCUCUUGCUGUUGUGUUGCUGUGAACUACCCCCAUUACGGUGCCUCACAGCAGUGUAUCCCAUCCCUCCACCCCCACCCAUCACUGCAGGACCCCUUGCUGGGCUGCUGUUGGCUCCUUGCAGUGUGUGCUGGGGUGCAGUCAGCUGCAGUGUCCACACACACGCGCACACCCAUACUGCAGGGAGCUGCAGUGUGUUGCAGUGACUGCCCACCACAGUGUCAUCACUGCAGCAAGCAGGAGGCGAGAUGGUGCAUUGCCCCUCCUUCCAGUGUAUGCCAGUGCAUUGUGGUGUGUGUGUCUGUGUGUCCCUGCAGCGAGGCAGUGCGUGGCACCUCUGCAGUGUGCCCCCCCCGCCCUUGCAGUACACUUAAUUGCAGCCUGUCCCUUGGCUGUAGUGUGCUCCUGGCACUGUAGCGCAGCACACCUCCGCUUGCUGUGUUGCAGUGUAUAACCCCCCCUCCCACCUGCAAUGGUGCUCUGUGCCUACAGUGAUGCCCCUUCCCAUUGCAGUAUUGCAGUGUGCCAGUCUGCAAAGUUGAAUUGCGGUGUGUCAUCAUCCCCCCCCCCCCGGCACACCAUGCACGUGGGUCCAGGAUCCCCCCCCCCCAGUACUGCAGUUUCCAGUGUUCACAGCACUGUAUUGUGGAUCCGCCUGGCAUGUUUGCAGUGGACAUUCCGCACCCGCCCCACACCUUGCAAUGCAAACCCUGGGUGCAGCUGCAGCCUUAUCUGCCCAUCUUCUGAGCUGGGGCCCAGGGGCCUUGCAGUGCAUUGCAGGACCCAAGGUUCCCAUACACUGCAUCGGACACCCCAGCCCCCGCACGCACAAAUGCACACACCUGCUACCCUGCCCUGCAGUGCACUGCAGGGGCUAAUCUCCCUGUGUACUGCAGGGCCUGCUGCAACGCCCUCCCCCCAGUGCAGCCCCCCACCCACCUCAUGCCACACACUGCAAUGGAAGCCCCUCCCCACUACACUGCUUUGCAGUGUCCCCAGGCUUCCUCCACUGCAGCAGUGCACCGCAAUGUAGCCACACCCCCUCACUGCAGCAAUGCACCCCCCCAUGCAGCAUUGCAUUGCAGCCCCAUCUCCAGCCAGUGCAAUGGGACACCCCCCCCCCUGUAUUGCAGCAGCACUUUGCACUGCAGCUUCCAGAAGGGUCCUGCAGUGCCAGCCCCAGGCUCCACGCAGUGCAGUAGCAUCCCCCCCCCCCCGCACUACAGCACCCAUGCAACCCCAGCCCUUCCCACGUGGCUUUUCAAUGGACAUUCCAGGCCCCCCCCCCCCCCGCUUCUGUGUUUGGCAUCCCAGCAGCCCUUGCUGGGAGGGAGGGGGCUCAUCUCCAGAGGCUGAGAUGCAGCCACCUCUGGGGUGGGACACACCUGGGGUGUAACAGGGAUGUGCCCCCCUCCCCCUUCCAGUACAAGAUGCAGCCACCUAUGGGGUGGGGCACAGCAGCAUAUAACAGGGGACCUGCCCCUGCAUCCAGCACCCAGAUGCAGCCAGUUCUGGGGUAGGACACAGCUGCAUAUAACAUACCCCCCUCCAUACACACCCAGUGUCCAGAGCAGCUGACUCUGGGGUAAGACUGGCUGCAUAUAACACCUCCUCCUCUAUACGAACCUGGUGCCCAUAUGCAGCUGCCUCUGGGGUAAGACUGGCUGCAAAAAACAGGACCACCUUUCUUAGCUAGGUGUAGGGACCCCCCCUUCUCUCUAGGUACUGAGAUGCAGCCACUUCUGGGGUAGCACAUUGCAUAUAACAGACUCCCCUAUACCCAGAUGCAGCCAGCUCUGGGGUGGGCCACAGCUAACUAUAACAUACCUGCCAGUAAUGCAGCGUGGCCAACUCUGGGGUGGCUCCCAGCUGUAUAGAACAUCCCGCCCCACCCCGCACCUCUGCACUCAGAUGCAGCCACCUCUGGGGUAGGACAUGGCUGCAUAGAACACACCCCCCACCCUCCCUUGCUCAGUACCCAGAUUUGCCCAGCUCUGGGGUAGCACAUAACUGCAUAUAACAACCCCCUUCAGCACCUAGAUGCACCCAGCUCUGAGGUAGCUCAUGGCUGCAUAUAACCCCUUUCCCACCAUCCAGAAGCACCUAGCUCUGGGGUAGCACAUGGCUACAUAUAACAACCCUCUACCAAGCACCAAGCUGCCACCAGCUCUUGAGUGGGCCCUGGCUGCAUAUAACAUACCCCUCCUGAACACCCAGAUGCCCCAGCUCUGGGGUACCACACAGUUGCGUAUAACAACCCCUUCCAGCACCUAGAUGCACCCAGCUCUGGGGUAGCUCAGGGUGGCAUAUAACAACCUCCCCCUCCACACCCAGCAGCCAGCUCUGGGGUGGGCUCUGGCUGCACAUGACCCCGUUCCCACCAUCCAGAUGCUCCCAGCUCUGGGGUAGCACACGGCUGCAUAUAACGGAGGCCCAACACCCAUCCAACAGGGUGGGGAGGUUUGCAGAGAGCACCAAAGGCAUUCAGAGGAGGUUGCUGGCCCCACUCCUCACCCCGGGGGGGGGGGGGGGUCCAGCUUUUUGGGGUGGGGGGUCCUGACUAUGUACAUAGCUGUAAGGACUUUUGCACUUUGGCACUGACUUCUCAGCGGGCGCUCAGCUACUGAAUGUAUCGCGUCCCCCCCCCGGCCCCAAUCCCCCCCUGCACCUCCGGUCUAGAGCACUUUAGUGAUGUCAGGAAAAUGGGGUGAAAAAAGCCAAAACCGGGCAAAAAAAAGAAAAAAAAAACCCACCCUUUUCCCCAUCUGUCCAAGCCGCUUUUUUCGGUCUCUUUGUUCUCAGUGUGUGGAUAAAAAAAAUACCAGAGGAACCCCCCCCCCCCCCCCUUCUUGUCGCCCUGUAGAGAAAAUACAGUAUUUAUCUUUCGGCA